GCUAAAAAAGCCUUAUUUCAGAGAGUACUUCCUGAAAGAGAAAAAGCAGCAACGAGUAACAACUCCUAUACCAAGAAUUAUAUUUGAGACGUUUUAAAGCAACAGAAGAGCCUAAAACAAAGAAACAUACCAUUUUUUAAGUAUAUCAAUUCCAGAAAGAGAAGCAACUCAAGGAUCCUUCUUUUAUAGACCUGAUUAUACCGAAAAAUGUUCCUCUCUAAUACAGCCUUUUGAUGGACAGGAGUUUCCAAGUGUCACGCCCACCAACUAUAAGAUGACCACCUCUCACAAUCAAGCUCAACCUGGCUCUUCUAAUAGCUCAUACCCAGAUGAAUACAAAAUUGCAGCCCUUGUCUUCUACAGCUGUAUCUUCAUAAUUGGAGUAUUUGUUAAUGUCACUGCCUUAUGGGUUUUCAGUUGUUCCACCAAGAAAAGAACCACUGUAACCAUCUAUAUGAUGAAUGUGGCGUUGCUGGACCUAAUAUUUAUAAUGAGUUUACCUUUUCGAAUGUUUUAUUAUGCAAAAGGUGAAUGGCCAUUUGGCGAACACUUCUGCAAGAUUCUCGGGGCACUCACAGUGUUUUAUCCGAGUAUUGCCCUAUGGCUUCUUGCUUUUAUUAGUGCUGACAGAUACAUGGCCAUUGUGCAGCCGAAAUAUGCCAAAGAACUUAAAAAAACAUUCAAAGCCGUGCUAGCAUGUGUGGGAGUCUGGAUAAUGACCCUGAUAACCACCAUCCCACUCCUCCUGCUCUAUGAAGACCCUGAUAAAGCCUCCAGCCCUGCCACCUGCCUCAAGAUUUCUGACAUCGUCCACUUAAAAGCUAUUAACAUAUUGAACUUCACUCGACUUAUAUUUUUUUUCUUGAUUCCUCUGUUCAUCAUGAUUGGGUGCUACUUGGUCAUUAUUCAUAGUCUCCUCCAUGGUAGGACAUCGAAGCUCAAACCAAAAGUCAAGGAGAAGUCUAUUAGGAUCAUCAUCACACUCCUGGUGCAGGUGAUCGUCUGCUUCAUGCCUUUCCACAUCUGUUUUGCUUUCCUGAUGUUGGAAGGGGAUGAGAACAGUUACAAUCCCUGGGGAGCCUUUACCACCUUCCUGAUGAACCUCAGUACCUGUCUGGAUGUGAUUCUCUACUACAUUGUUUCAAAACAAUUUCAGGCUCGAGUCAUUAGUGUCAUGCUAUACCGCAAUUACCUUCGGAGCGUGCGCAGGAAAAGCUUCCGAUCAGCUAGUUUGCGGUCACUAAGCAACAUAAACAGUGACAUGUUAUGAGUAGUAAGUUUUUUGUCUUCAACCUCCUUAAAUUCACUUUACUAAUUACCCUAGAGUCAGUGGACAUUUUGUAUAUUAUCAAGUCCCUUCUUUCCUGAAAAAAAAAAAUAAACCUUAAAAACUCUUUUGUGUGAUCGUAUUGUGGCAACAUAAUUAAAUAUUCUAAAGUAUACUAAUACAUUAAUUAUUUUUAUUUUUAAAACUUAUAUAGAACAUUUUCAUGAAGUACUAGGAGAAAACAUCCAACAUGUGUUUCAUAUUCAAGCCUUAUCUAAAUAUACUAGUAUAGUUGACUUAGCUUUUUGGAUUUAAUUCUAUGUGCAAGUAAAUCAUGAUGUCAAGGCAGUAGGCAAAGAAAAUCCAGCUACUGUUCAAAAUAAUUUGAUGAAAGUGUUUUCCAUCUAGAUAGCUCCCUUUGGUUUAAUUUAUACUCAGGAUUGGUGGUCCAAAAACAACAUUUUUUUGUUUGAAGUUAAACUUCCAGGAUCUUAGAAAAACAACUAUGUUCAUCUCUUCACUGCUAUUUGCUGCAGAGCAAAAUUAGUGGGAGCAAGCAUUUGAGUGAGCCUGUGGAGACCAUGGCCAUCAGUCCUCCUCUACUCUGAAUUCAUUUUCUUUUGGAAACAGGCUAACGUCAUCCAAUAAACACUUACUGAGAGCCUACCAAGCACCAGACUCUACUUAAGACCAAUGGGGAAACCUAACCCAAGACCCUAUUUCUGACCAAUAAUCCAAGUUUUUUCCUGUGACAUGUUUCUGCUAUAUGGUAAAAUAUCUUUCUCCAAUAUAAAG